GUUGAGCCAGAAGGCUUGUCUGAGCUUCACCAUGGAACCCGAAGACCGAUGGCAUCUCUGUUUCCCGCAGCUGCCCAACAUCUCCUGCAGGAAGCCUUCGUCCGAGGACUCGGAAGAUGUUUUUUUCCGAGUCCUGCUUCCCGUCGAAUGCGUCGCCACCGUGCUGCUCAACUUGCUGGUCAUCGUUUCAAUCUCCCACUUCAGGCACAAGUUCCUUUUUUUUUCUGUCACGCUCGGGGGUUGUUUUUCGGUCCUCGCCAGGUUUUCCGCAUGUGUUGCGUUCGAGGACGUUCAAUGUUUGGCAGGAAAAUGGUUUCGAGACUGCGUUGUGUGUAUCAAUGAUGUUUUUUUUUUCUUUCUUCUCUCUCUCCUUUUUUUUUUUGUCUUGGUGCGCAGGCAGCUCCACACCCCCACCAACCUGGUCCUCCUCUCCCUCGCCGUCGCCGACUUUCUGGUGGGCUCGGUGUCGAUGCCAAAAGAGAUCUACAAGAACGCGUCCUGCUGGUUUUUGGGCGACGUGAUGUGUUCCCUGUGGAACUACGUGAUUUUCAUUUCUUCCGUGGCCUCGGUGGGAAACAUUGUGCUGAUAUCGGCCGACCGUUACGUGGCCAUUUGCGAUCCCCUGCGUUAUAAGGUCAAAGUCACCGUGAAAAGAGUUCAACUUUGCGUUUGUCUCUGUUGGCUGACCGCCGUUCUCCACUGCGGCAUCGUUUUGAUGGACCAGUUGGCUCACCCCGGGAUGUACAACUCCUGCCUGGGAGAGUGCGUCAUCGGUUUUGAGUUUUACGGAGGCCUUUUGGACCUGGUCGUGUGCUUCGUCCUUCCUCUCGGCGUCAUCAUCGCGCUGUACAUGAGAGUGUUUGCGGUGGCCGUGUCUCAGGCGCGAGCCGUGCGUUCUCACGUUCGAUGUCUCAAAUUACAACGGCGCGGUCCUUUCGGAACAAGGACCUCCGAAAUGAAGGCGGCCGGGACUCUUGGGCUUCUCGUUCUGGUCUUUCUGGCGUGUUUCUGUCCAUACUUCAUUGUUAACCUGGUGGCUGAAAACAGUACUACGGCUUCGGUGGGCAAAUAUGUUCUUUAUUUGUAUGACUUCAACUCGUGCGUGAAUCCCUUGAUAUACGCCUUGUUCUACCCGUGGUUUCGAAGAGCCGCCAAGCACAUCGUCACCCUGCGGAUUCUGCGGCCCGGCUCCCGCGAGGCCAGCAACAUACUCUAGACUGGCAUUUAAAAUGCACUGAUCGUUUUGUUGUUGUCGUCGUGGUGGUCAUUUGAGUAGCCCGUACU